GGAGCGCGGAGGGCUCGGGUACUCGCGCACCUUGGCGACCUCGGGAACUGCUCCCGGGUCUGCGUGUGCUCCGGACGGGGUGUGUGUACGUCGCGGAUCUCUACGAUGCGCGCGACGAGACUGACGAGAGGCGUCCUCCGCUGCGUGCGUUCGCUACGUCGCGCCUGAUCGACCCAGGAGGAUCUCCCGAUCGAGGGCUCGGCCGGAGAGCGCCGGACGCGAGUAUAUUUAUCGCCGCCAGCGAGUGAGAGAGAGAGAGUGGGAGACGCACGUCCCCCCGGGGAUGCUGUUGUGUGUCCUCGCUGGAACCUCGCCUAUCCUCGCGGCCUUUAUUCUCGCGCGCGGCGACUCCUGUCCAGGUACGGCGAGCGAUGACUUCUCCGAGGAGCGACGUUCGUCGCACGUUCGAGCCCGAGCCUAGCCUCGGCAAGAGAGACUGGUGUCCCGCGAGGAAAUGACAUUCGGCGCUUGUUUUCGCAUUCGCGGAGGUGAAUUGACCGCUGGCACGUCGAUUGGCACGCGGCGUCUGACAGUCAGUUUUAUCAGCAGGUACGCGCUAAGCUCGGCCCCUGGGGUUCUUCCGCGAGACAGAGAGAGAGAGAGAGAGGAGUGUGAGAGGGAGAGACGCCGGUCGAGCGUCUGGCCAGUGGAGUACGCAACAACAUGCCUUCUGUUUGCGGCGACGUGCUCGAUACGGCUGCUGCGCAAAUACUUUCCGAUUGUACGAGGGUGAUCUUGCGUCCGCAGCUGCCUCGCAAUCGGGCGUCAUGGAAGGCAUCUCCAGCACGGACAGCGUGGGAACGCAGAGCGAUAUAUCGGGACACACGACGGUGCCGGGGCGGCCCAGGAUGGACGUGGCCUGCGUCCUGGAUCUGCAACAAUCGGAGCACCUCGCUCAGCGCAAGAAGGCGCUGGACGAGGUCAGGCAGGCCUGCAAUCUGGUCAACGCCGACAUACAUCAUAUUCAGUUCGAGAAGCUCGAUUUUGGCGAGACCAAUGUGCUGGACACGUUCUACAACGCUGAUGUGGCGGUUGUGGACUUGAGCAUACAGUUGCAGCAAUCUGCGCUGUUCUAUCAUCUCGGUGUCAGGGAGAGUUUCGGUAUGAAGGAAAACAUUUUGCUGUACAACGACACAGACACGGAAGCUACAAUUAGGCUUAAGUUAUCCUGUGGCAGUUACACAUUUGUUUCGUAUCGCGUUGUGGAAUCGUGUGGUUCGUGUGUAGCCACGAACCCAGCGACCAGCAGGAUCACAAGCGAAGAGACAAUAGAUCCCAAACAGCAUCUCACUCUGAAACUCAAGAAAUUGUUUCAGGAUGUCGAAAUACAAUCCAAAGCACAUAUGAAGGAGAAAUUUCUGGCAGAUCUACGCAAGGCGCGCGAGACUUACUCUGGAGAAGAACUCUCCAGAGCUCUGAAUAACAUGCGCAAACGCUUAGACGAUCCAAAUGUUCUGUCAGGAGAGGUUGUUUUAAAUGUUCUCAUUUCAUUCCGGGAAAUACAGGAUUACGAUGCAAUGGUACAAUUGGUUGACGAUUUGAAAACUAUACCAACUCACAAGAAUUACAUAAAUACUCCAGCUAUAAGAUAUUUAUACGCGUUUGCUUUAAAUCGACGAAACAAAGAGGGCGAUCGAGAAAGAGCAUUAAAGGUUAUUGAGAAAGCGCUGGAAAAAAAGGAAAAUCAUGUUCCUGACAUGUUGUGUUUAUGCGGAAGAAUAUAUAAAGACAUAUUUGUCGAGAGCAGACACACAGAUCAGGAGAGCUUAAAGAAUGCGAUCCACUGGUACAGAAAAGGUUUUGAGGUUCAGCCUAACGAAUAUGCCGGUAUAAAUCUUGCUACUUUACUCGUCAUAGCUGGAAAUGAAUUCUCUAAAAGUGAGGAGUUGCAGCACAUAGGAAUGGUAUUGAAUAACUUAAUUGGCAAGAAAGGCAGUUUACCGAGCUUAAAAGAUUAUUGGGAUGUAGCGACAUUUUUUGAGAUUAGUGUAUUAGCGGAGGAUUAUUCGAAAGCUAUACAAGCAGCUGAAUGUAUGUUCAAAUUAAAGCCACCGAAUUGGUAUCUGAAAUCGACAAUCGGCAACAUAUCACUGAUAGAUAGGUUUCGUAAAAAGAACGAGGAAGCUGAAGUUGCACCGGAGGAACAGAUAUUUAGUUUCUGGAUGGACUACUUUGUCGAAGCUACAAAGCCGGAGGUUGGCGAUAGUAUACGGUUUCCAAUUUUAGUGUUGGAACCAACAAAGAUUUUAAUGCCGAGUUACGUAAACGUGAAUCUUGGCGCGGAAGAGAAGUCCAUACAAAUAUGGAAUUUGUGUCUGGAUAAUAUGAAAAAUAAUUGCAAACAAGUUCACGAUUGGUUGUUCACUGCGAACAUGAUACGCAGCGUAAGCCUGUAUAAAAGGGACGAAAGAUGUUUAUUUUUGUAUGUUCAUCAAAACUCGGAUGAUUUUCAAAUGUACCUGCCAUCAGUACAAUGUAGGCAAACAUUUUACGACUUGAUCUUGGAGAUGACUAGGGAUCAAGAAGGCAUGGUUACAGAUUUAGAUGCUUACAUGACUGAUGAUCGCAUGAAGUUCGAAUAUGAAUUGGAUGAUCAAAAUAAGCGCAUAAUUCUCGGCAAAGGUACAUACGGCGUGGUGUACGCAGCGCGUGAUUUAAAUACACAAGUCAGGAUUGCGGUGAAAGAAAUUCGUGAACGAAACUUGGGCGAUGUACAGCCUCUUCACGAAGAGAUCAAAUUGCAUAGCCAAUUGAGGCACAGAAAUAUUGUUCAAUAUUUGGGCUCGGUAAGCGAGGAUGGAUAUUUCAAAAUCUUUAUGGAGCAAGUUCCUGGAGGAAGUUUAUCAGCUUUGCUAAGAUCGAAAUGGGGUCCUUUGAAAGAGAACGAAUCGACCAUCUCAUAUUAUACUAAACAAAUGUUGGAAGGCCUUAAAUAUCUCCAUGACCAAAAAAUAGUUCAUAGAGAUAUAAAAGGUGAUAACGUAUUAGUAAAUACAUACAGUGGAGUUGUCAAAAUAUCUGAUUUCGGUAUGUCCAAACGAUUGGCUGGUUUAUGCCCGAGUACAGAAACAUUUACCGGAACAUUACAGUACAUGGCGCCAGAAGUUAUUGACAAGGGUCAACGUGGUUAUGGUGCACCUGCGGAUAUUUGGUCUUUAGGUUGCACAAUAGUUGAGAUGGCCACUGGAAAGCCACCGUUCAUUGAACUAGGUUCUCCACAAGCAGCUGUGUUUAAAGUGGGAUAUUACAAAAUACAUCCUGAGAUACCGUCAGAGUUAUCUGAGAGAGCAAAAAGUUUUAUAUUGCGCUGUUUUGAGCCGAAUCCUGAUAUAAGAGCAACCGCGGCGGAGCUGUUGGAGGAUCCAUUUCUUAACGAGAAAAAGAAGAGCAGCAGAUUAGUCGCACCGCCAGACUUCAGUAGAAGUAUAUCGGUUCCGGCGGAUAGAUUGGAACGUUUGGGGAAAUGCGAUAAAACAAACAACAAUCAUAUCGUCGCUGCCACACCUAUGCUGAUGUCUCAAUCGGAUGAUAGUGGAGGGUUAACGAAGUCAAGUCCAUUGAGGGGACGCAGUCCGGCUCACCUAUUGUCCCCCAUCAGCAUGCCUACUGCAACCCUCUCUUUUAACAGUACAAUAGGGAAUACUCCGUCGAUAGAAACUAGCGAAACUGAUACAGCUGGUACCUCAAUAACUAGAAGAAGUUCGUCUGGUGGCUUGUUAUCGCCAGAAGUUGAAUUAGGUGGACAACCGGGACAGAAAUCUGGAGAGGAGCAAGAGGGCUUUUAUCUGUUAAAGAAAGAUAGCCAAAGACGUAUGACAUUAACGAGGGUUCUCAACCAAGAUGAGGCAAAAAUUUGCGAGGUUUGGAUGAGAGGUAUACAUCAAGCGGAGGGACAAAUGGUGUUGCAAAUGAGUCAUUUAGUAUUACUUAUGCGCGGCCUGAGGGACUAUAUCGCAGAGCAAAAUCAGGAAGUAAUAGUAACUGCUAUUCGAACACUGAAAGAGGAAUUGGAUUUCGAUUCGACCGCUAUCAAUCAUCUACAUUUGGCUAUUUACUUAUUUCAAACGGCAGUAAACGAGGUCCUUAGGAUGCACAGUAUAAAGCCACAUUGGAUGUUUGCUUUAGACAAUUUAGUAAGAAAUGCUGUUCAGGCCGCUAUCACUGUCUUAUCUCCUGAAUUGGGCGCUAACUUACUUGGACAAGAACGAGUGCAACCUGGCGGUCAAGGUCCCGAGGAAGGAUCAACAUCUGGGGUAUCUACGGUAAACUCUGUAAAGUCCCAAAAAACUGCUGACUCUAUUGAUAAUAAGUACUGGAAGGAAUAUAGAGAUCAAAUGGGAGCACUGAAGAUGGAAAAUAUGAGACUACUUCAGGAAUUGAUAGACAGCCAGAAAUCCUAUCAAACGUUAUUGCAACAAGCUCUUGAAGAGCAGAGAAUUCAAGUUAAUACGUUGACACAUCUGUGUGAAAAUAUUAAUAGGAGAUCAAUAAAACAGGAAUCGGGCUACAAUUCUUGCAUUUUUGGAGAUAUAUCUCAACAAUCUUUAAUGACUACCGAUACGCACAGUACUGCUUCACAUCCGGAUAUGGCCCUUGCCGAUUGGUUACAGAAUCUUCAAAUAGAUGAGACAUCAAUCGAGAGGUUUCUUUAUGAGGAGUACACACUAGAAGAUAUUUUGCAUCAUGUUACACGGGACGAUCUUCGCAGACUAAAUUUAAGGGGAGGAAUUGAACUCAGGAUAUGGCAAGCCAUAUUGAAACAUCGAGAGAAUAAUGGGAAUUAAAAUUUAAAAACUAAUAUAUAAUUACAUAUUUUCGUAUCAUUUUUAGUGAUAAAGUAUCACUAGUAACUAGAGUUUACAACAGGGUAAAAUAUCGGUUUUGAUUAGGCUGCCAUAAGAUAAAAAUUCAAUGAUUUAAAUCUCAGCCGUACACGCUGUACUAUAUUAGAUAUAAAUCAAAUUCCCAUAAAGAGAGAAUUUUCUCCGUGACACAAUGUUAUAAUGAUAUUACUGGUUUAUUUCGUAGUUCCUAAUGAUAGAUUGCUAUUACUCUUUACAGAGCAAUUGUAUAACAAAUCUGUGUAUGAUGAUUUAUGUUAACAAAACAUAUUACAUGCUUUAGCGUUCUUGUCAGAUUCUAAUUACAUUGCCAAAGUUGACGUGAGAAACCAGUAUUUCUACACGUGGAAUGUAUUUCGUACAUUACGAUUUCUUAUUGUAGAGGGAAUUUUGUUUUUUAAUUUUGUCAUUUAAAAGUCAGAUCAAAUGCAGAAGAAUUGUCUUUACGUUGAACAGCAAAAUCUAAGAAGACAAAACGGUAAUAAAUAAUGACAAAGAGAUUAUAAAUAUGAAUCAUCAGUAAUACAUUUGAUAUUAUAUUUUAUUCUGAAGUAAUAAUGUCUCCUAUUAUAACAGAAAUAAUAGAUGCUUCCAAUAAUUGAUAAUAAAACUGAUACAAUUUAUAUAUAAUUUAUAUAUUAUAAAUCAGUUUUUACAAGAUAUAGAGAUAGGAAUAAUUGUUGUGAAUAAGCAAAUCUAUUACCACUAAAAAAUCUUGAUUAGAAGCGAUCUGUAUUUUCAACAAGUAAUAACUUUAUGUAACAGCCGUUUAUUACUGCGAGUAUAACAGAUAGUUACAUAGCGUCGUUCCAUCUAACAAAUCUUCCUAAUAGUUUGACGAAGGGGGACGCAAUUAUUUAUAGUGCCUUACAAAACUCGUUCUAGUACAAGAAAAGAUAUUUAUUAUAUAGAGUAAAUACAUAGUCAUAUAUAUUAUUCACAUGAGAUAAUGUGAAGUAUUCGCUACUGAAAUCUUAGGUUCUCGAAGAGUAAAAUUUUAUUAUGCGCGAAACACAUCUUCCAAAGUAUCAAUUGAAUAUUUUUCUGUCGAUGUUCAUCAUGUAAAUAGAAUGCUUUUUGUAAUUUGUAAGAGUUUUACUUUGAUUCGUGCUUCAGGAACUUAAUUAAAUUAAGGCUUUUGAUUCAAAAUUUUUGUAGAUACGGGUUUUUAUAUGACGGAAAAAUCUCGAUUUUUCUUUUAUGCAAUAUACGGAAGAGAGAAACUUGUCUGUGCCUUCUGCGAUGCGCAAUAUAUUUUGUACAGUUAGAUUUUUAACAUAUAAAUUUAACAUAGCCGAGUUGAAUUUACGCAGGUAUGUAAUUUUAACAAAUCCUCGAGAGAGAUCGCUUUCUCGAUAACCCGGUGCCUAAUUGUUUCAAGGAUACAUUGUACAAGCUGAUGGAUUCAGCUUGAUUAUACGUACACGGAUGUUGCAAUACGUGAUCUAAUGACUGACAAAAUUAAUGUUAUAAUGCGAUAUAUUUUCGUGUAAUAUACUAAUAUAUUAAAAAUUAUAGAGCGAUAUGUGUGGUGCUUGUUUUCAGGUAUUUAAACCAAAAUAAUUUGGCGCUCAAUUAUACGAGCACUUAAUUGAAUUAAUUGUUGCAGCAAUCGAAAUGAAACAAGCGCCGCAAUAUAUUGUUACAAUUAUUACCGUUUUCACUCACAAAAUAGGAUUAAUUAUAAUUGUUACUCGCAUAUGCGACCGUUUGUAAUAAAGGAAUGAACAUAUUAA